AUGGACUCAAAUAUGGGGACCUCACAGCAAGAGCAGCAGCAGCACCGAGUGGAGCAUCUUCCACGGUGGUCGUGGAACCUCUACCCCGCAAACAGGAUUGAUGCUGCGCGGAUGGUGGUGCCUCUCGGCUGCGUCUACGCCCCAAUUGGAUCCCCCUGUACGGAGCUAAACUACGAGCCCUUGCGCUGUGUUUGUGGUGGUGUUUUAAACCCGUAUUGCAUCAUUGACUACCGAUCAAGGACAUGGGGAUGCCCUUUCUGUGGAACCAAAAAUAAUUCUCCCCCGAAGUAUGCCCAAAUAACAGAGCAUAACUUCCCGUCAGAGCUUGCAAGGUGGAAUGACACGGUGGAGUACGUGAGCACUGUGAAGCGUGACCCGCCGACAUUUGUGUUUGUGCUAGACACCUGCAUAGACACGGAGGGCGAGCUUAACGGGUUGAAGGAAUUUGCGUUAGACGCCCUCAGCAAGCUCCCCGCGGAGGUACGUAUUUGUCUCAUCACGUAUGGGACAACUGUGCAAAUUCACGAACUUAGCGGUGUCACCGACUACCCGCGCUCGUUAGUGCUGCGUGGAAGCCAAGAAGUUACGGUAGAAGCGCUUAAAAAAAUUAUGCGGGAACCACAACAGUUUGUGGGUGUCCUCUCGAAUGUGAAGUCCGUAGUGGCCUUGAUUCUAGAAGAGAUGCAGCAGGAUGUGUGGCCCGUGCCAAAAUCGCACCGUCCGUUGCGAUGCACAGGUGCCGCCCUCUCCGCUGCCGCCAGCAUCCUUGAGAUUGUCUCACCCAACACAGGGUCCUGCAUUCUCGGCUUUACUUCGGGCAUAUGUACCGAGGGACCAGGCAUUGUUGUGGAAACCACACGGGAGAAAUUUAUUCGGGGUCAUGCGGAUAUUCGAGACGGUGCAGCCGCUGCAUCUUUUUGGGAGUCGUCCUGCGCGUUUUACGAGUCCCUGAUGCACCGCAUUGUUAAACAGGGGCACUCGCUAAGCUGUUUUACUGCCUCAUUGGAUCAGACCGGCAUAGCGGAAAUGAAACUCUGCAUUCAGGCCUCCGGGGGAGUUGUGUUAAAUGACGAAUCAUGGUGCAAGGAACCCUUUCGUCAAUCGCUUCACCGUUUCUUUGAACGCAGGGAGGACGGGACGCUGAAGAUGGGGCUCAAUGUCACCAUGGACGUGAUUACGUCGGCAACAUGGAAGGUGAUGGGGGUGAUUGGGCAAUGCGUGGGCACCGGCAAAAAGUCCUCCUCUGUAGCAGACUACGAGGUUGGAAUGGGUGGGACGUGUCAGUGGACGGCAUGUAUGAUGGACUCGACGACAAAUUUUGCGGUUUAUUUUGAUACAACAUCUGCACCCCCAUCUGAGGCGGCAAGGCAGGCGGUGCGUUAUGCCCAAUUUAUCACAAAAUACGAAAUAGGGAACGAAGUACGAACACGCGUGUGUACGGUGACGCACCAGGUGCAACGCAGCACGAGUAUGCCCGAGUUGGCCGCCUCCUUUGAUCAGGAGACUGCGGCGGUGCUUCUGGCGCGUGAGGCGCUGCAUAAGGCAGACACUAUUCCAUUAUUUGACGUCCUCCGAUGGUUGGAUCGAACGGUGGUGCGCCUCGUCAGCCGCUUUGGUGACUACUUGAAGGAUCACCCCUCGACACUGAAGCUACCGCCUCAGUUUGUCUUUUUUCCGGCCUUUAUGUACCAUCUUCGACGAUCAGGGUAUCUACAAGUGUUUAACUGUAGCCCUGAUGAGACGGCCAUUCUGCGUCUGAUGCUUCUUAAGUCUUCUGUCCAGGAUUCUAUUAUUCAAAUUCAGCCCACAUUGUACACAUACCGCAUGGAUGCACCACCGCAGCCUGUGCUUCUUGACAGUGCAGCUAUUCAACCCGAUAACGUUCUUCUUCUGGAUACAUUUUUUGAGGUUCUUAUUCAUCUUGGCUCGACCAUCGCGGCGUGGCGAAAGGCGGGGUACGCCGAGCAAGAGGAAUACGCCUACUUUAGGGAGUUUUUGGAGGUUCCUGUGGCGGAUGCAGAGGUACUGAUAGCCGGUAGGUACCCCACGCCUCGGUUCAUUUACGUCUGUCAGGAUGAUCCUGACGCACGCAUUCUUUAUAAUAGGAUAAAUCCAAGUCGGUCGUAUGGAGGUGAAAAUGAGCAAAGAUACGGAACAAACGAAGGGGAACUGGUGUACACUGACGAUGCAUCACUGGGGAUGUUCAUGGAACACUUGAAGAAGCUUGCAGUCUCUCAGUGA